UUACGUCAUGUGAAGUUCUAUUUUUAGCAAAGCGCACGCGUAACGUCUUUUAAAUUCGCCAUUUUUAUAAUUUAUUGUUGUGUGUUUAUUAAAAAAGCAUGAGAUUUUGUUAUGUAAAUGAUCAGGGAAUCGAAGCAUUGGUUUCGUGUGGAAAGUAAUCACGUGGAGUCGAAUUAAGAUGGAGCGCCGUUGACAAAUAUUAUACAACCAAUUAUAUACAAAGAAUGGGAGCAUUUCUUGACAAGCCAAAGACAGAUAAAUUCCAAGAGUGUGGAGAAGGCAAUGGGCUGCGCUAUGGAGUCGCCAGCAUGCAGGGCUGGAGGGUCGAAAUGGAAGAUGCACACAUGGCCAAGACAAACCUGGGGGACGCUCUUAAAGACUGGUCUUAUUUCGCCGUUUUCGAUGGCCAUGCUGGGGCCAAGGUAUCAGCCCACUGCGCGGAGCACCUCCUUGACGCCAUUAUGCAAACGGAGGAGUUCCAAGAGGACGUGAUGAAAGGCAUCCACAAUGGUUUUCUAGAGUUAGAUAAUAAAAUGCGCUCGUUACCUGAAAUGACGUCCGGUGAAGACAAAAGUGGGACAACGGCCGUCUGUGCAUUCGUUUCACCUAGACUUAUUUAUGUAGCGAAUUGUGGGGAUUCCCGCGCUGUUUUGUGUCGUGGUGGCAGCCCCGUUUUUACCACCCAAGACCACAAGCCUGGUUUACCCUCAGAAAGAGAGCGCAUUGUUAAAGCAGGAGGCAACGUAAUGAUCCAACGAGUGAAUGGAAGUUUGGCCGUUUCGAGAGCUCUGGGGGAUUAUGAGUACAAAAAUGUGGAAGGAAGAGGACCCUGCGAGCAGUUGGUGUCGCCUGAGCCUGAAAUCUUCGUCAGGGAUAGGGAUGAUAAAGAAGACGAGUUUCUAGUGUUGGCCUGCGAUGGGAUUUGGGAUGUGAUGAGCAACGAGGAUCUCUGCCAGUAUAUACAUAAUCGCCUUUUAGUCACCGAUAAUUUACAGGAAGUUACCAGUCAAGUUAUCGAUACGUGUUUGUACAAAGGUAGUCGAGAUAAUAUGAGUAUUGUGUUAGUUGUGUUUCCUGGCGCUCCGACCCCCACUCAAGAAGCUAUCGAUGCCGAAAAGGAAUUCGAUGCGAGUCUGGAGAGGCGUAUAAAAGAAAUUGUGGAACAAAACGAAAUCAAUGAAUUCUCCACGGUGCUGCAUAAGCUUGCAUCACUCAACAUUGAAGGGUUUCCUCCAGGUGGUGGACUAGCUGCAAAACGUACACUGAUUGAAAAAAUUUUCAAAGAACUGUGUCCGGAUCUAGCUGAAACUGAUUUGGACCCUUUCAACUAAAUUUGGAGAGCACUUUCAGGUGUUGAGGUUAAUUUUAGGCUAUUGCUGUUUUAUUUAUUUAAAAGGAUAAGCUUGAUUGGCAUUAGGAAUUUGUAAUAUUAAAAUAUAAUUUUAUCGCAGCCUCUGUACUUUUUAUUCAUUAACACCAGGAACGAUUUUGUAAUUGCUUAUUAUUCCUUUUAAAAUUAGGGCCUAAUGUUUUCUUUUAUUAGUUACCAAUAUACUAUAAAAGUGAUCCUGUUUUUUUUCGUAAGUAGUUAAAGUUUUGUAUGUUAUGCACAAAGCUCAUCAUUUUUCAUCAGCGUUUUCCUCAUAGGAUAAUAAUGUAAAAUUUGUAAUUACUAUUUUAAAUUAGAGGUGCCACUGUACGUUUAGCCAAUUGUAUGUGGCCAUCCUCUUUACCACUUUUAAAAAUAAUAAAUGUUUGUAGUUGUUUUCUUUACUUUUAUUUUGCGAUCUAUGCAAACAUUUAUUAACAACGGUACUUCUCAUCAUAUCAUUGCGCAUUGAUUCGUUAUCUCUGUACAGCCAUCGUGAUUUCAAAAAAUUCGUUGAAAUUCUAUUUUUUAACUACAUAAUCUAUAUCAACAUGUGUAUAAAUCAGAAUGUGUGCUGUAUAUUUCAGAUAAAUUGAGAAUACUCUAAUAAUUAUGAUUAAAUUAUUUAAGUAUAA